GGAGCACAGCCCCGGGCGGCCAGGCAGGAGCAUGGGCUGGGAGGGCCCCGGAUACCCGGGCCGCCAGCGCGGGCACCUGCUACCUCUGGCUCUGAGCCUCCUCCUCAUCUGUGGGCCAGGCACUGAUGGGUCUAUGAUGUCCAUUACUAACUUCCCCACAUAUGAAACUUCCUCAUGGCUGAACCGUGACCCUUCAACACCUGUGACAGUGGUUGACCCUGCAGGGACUCAGGAGUCUGUGGCAACCACCACCAGGGAGCUGAGUGAGGGAAUAUAUGGAGGCACCACGUGGUCAACAGGUGACCCUGCACCUCUGGUGACUAUCCUCAGCCUGGUCACAGGCCUGUCCACCAGAAGCCCAGGAACAUCCGAAGAUAUCAUAAAUCCAAGCUCCAAGGAGCCCAGCAGCAGCCUCAAGACCAGGACCACUCACAUCUUCCACUGGCCUUCAGGACUCUGCGACAAGUUUAGUUAUAACCCCCAAGGGCCUGCUGGUGUAACCUCCUUCCCAGAAUCCAAGGUUUCCGUGUCUGUAUCAGAAAGUACUCCUUACCUGAGUACAGUAAUGCUGUCUUCAGCUGAGACCGUUUCAAUUGACACAUUGGUGCCUUCUCUGUCUACAGUUACAUCUGGAGUUCCAGGUGACAGCUCAGCCACCUUCUCAGCCAGUCCAUUUCUGAGAACAGAACGAGGCCCUGGGGAUGCUAUGUCCACCAUUGCAGAGAGUCUACCUUCAUCAGCUUCAAUACCACUCCCCUCUUUGACCUUCACUCCUGCUUACUCUUCAACCAGUCCAGCCCCCCAUGGAAUUACUUCCUCACUGGUUACCCAACGUAUGGUGGGCACCAACACUGGGGCGGAGAGGAGCACUGCUGAAGGACCCUUGGGUGUGGUCAGUACUUUGGAGACAUGGACUGAGCCAGUCAGGACAUCUUUAUCAACCAUUGUGGAUACCAGAAUGACAGAGCAUAUUAACUUGGGAACAGUGACAAGUUCUUCUCAACUUCCUCCACAAUCAACACAGUUGACAAGGACUGACGGCAUCGUGGAGCACAUCCCAGAGAUACCCAAUGAAGCAGCCCAUGGAGGAGCCACAGAACCAGUCCAUGUCCCUGUGGCACCCACAGCAUCUGCUAGUCCUAGAGGACCACCAACAGAGUGGACAGAAAAAGCAGAAAUCACAGCUCUGAAGACCACUUCUACAGCAACUUUGACCACUACAGUCUCUACUCCCACUUCCAGAAUGCUGACUCUCCUCAGGACAUCAGGUAAAACAGCCAGCACAAGCACAAGAGGAAUGAUCAUUACAACCCCAGAUGUUUCCCCUGAUGUUCUAGAGAUGACAGCCUCAUUGGCCACCAGACCUGGAGCAGAGACCAGCACAGAACUUCCCAGGACAGCCUCAUCUGUUUUCAGUAGAGAGUCAGAAACGAUACCCUCACUAGUCCCUAGUUCUGGGGCAAAGAACAGUCCAGCUAUUCCAACUCUGACUGUUUCUUUUAGUGAGCCAGAGACCACAAUCUCAUGGGUCACUUAUCCUGCAGAAACCAGUUCAACUAUUUCCAGGGAAACCCUGAAUGUUUCCCACAGUGAAUCAGAUAGCACACCCCCAAUAGCUACCGGUUCUGGGGAAGAAGUCAGUUCAGCUGUUCCAACUCUGACUGUCUUCCCUGGUGUACCAGAAAUGGUGACCGCCCUGGUAACUAGUCCUGCGGCAGAGACAAGUAUGGUCCUUUCAACUCUGACUGAUUCCCAAGAUGCACCAGAGACCUCUGCCUCAUGGGUCACCCAUCCUGGGGCACAGAGCAGUUCAUCCAUUCCAACUCCAACUGUCUCCCCUGGUGUAAUAGGGGUGAAAAUCUCACCAGUCACC